GCAGCAACGAUUGCAUGGAAGAGGAGCUCCUAUUCCUCAAAAAUAUCCUGGCUCAAAAUGGCUACCCGACACGUUUUGUCGAAAAGAACAUGAAACCUAAACCUAAAAGAGAAGAAUGCGAUUCAGCGCCAAAGAAAACGCUGUAUCUAAAUCUGAAUUUCAAGGGAGAUUUGGCAGCUGAUAUCCUGAAGAGGAGAAUAUCCAGCUCUCUAAAGAAGACCUUCCCUGCAGCAACACUAAGAGUGACAUUCUCUAGCCGCCCAAUACUUCGAAACAACACGAAGGACAAACUUUCGCAUAUGACCAAUUCAAUGUGCAUAUACCAGUUCACUUGCUCGUGCGGAGCUAGGUACAUAGGUCGUUGUAUGCGCGUCCUCUCAAAACGUGUUAGAGAACACUACCCAGCGUGGCUGCAAAGAGGAGGCACCGGUUCAAUCAGAAAUGCCAAUAAUAAUAAUAUUAACAGCCUUAUUCCAAACAGUAUUUGUAGUACAGGUAUGGAAUUUUCAGCGAGCAUUACAAUAUAUUGCAUUUAAAUACCUCAUAAAUUUUAUAAGAUAUUAGAAUCAAAAAGCAACACCC